CACACUAGUCAGUACUCGUUACGACGCCGCAGCGCGAACAACAAAGAAACAUCGCAUCGACAUCAAGUGAUUUUCACGAAAAAUAAAAGCAACUGAACAUUUUAAACAACUGUGUUUGGUGUGUGUGUGUGUGUGUCUGUGUGUCAGUGCAGAACAAAAUGACCGACGACGAAAAAUUAGACGUGUAUUUCAGCAAUGGCGGAGAUGGAGGCCUGUACAACUUGGAAUCCGAAAUUAAUUAUCACGUUACGAUAGUUUCGAACUUGGAAAAAAUGAAGAAACUGCGUGAAAAGGUCAUUCAAGAAAUGGAAAAAGGUCAAAUAUCGACCGAGAAAUCAAGAAUAAAUCUUUUUAAAGAACUUGAUCCAUUGAUCAGUAAUUGGAAGGGUCAAUACCCAGACCUUGGAAAACUUUUCCGUGGCAAAGAAAUGGAUUGGCUUAUCAAGGAAUAUUUGAUGUUUGUUAAAAACCGCGGCACGAUGAAAACCAAUCUACUCAGUUUCGUGAUCGAAUGCGGCUAUAAAGACAACCCCGAUGUGGAUGAAAGCGGCAAGCCACUACUGCGUCGAACCACACCUCUGCAUUAUGCUGGUAAACGCAAGUUUUUUCGCGGACAAAAUACAGUUCAAGAGCUUUUCAAAAUAUACGACAGAUUUGCCGUGAACUACUGCGACGAACGUGGGUACACACAUUUUCAUGUAGCUUGCGCCUCCAACUGUAAAGAUAUCGUUAAGAAAUUCCUCGAGCUGGGCCAGGAUCCCAAUUGCCUACUUCAGAAAUUAGUCGAACCGCCGCUGAACAAGGCUCUAUACUACAACCAUAAGAACGUGGCCGAGGUGCUGCUGAAAAACGGAGCUAACCCUAAUUUAGCCAAUGAAUAUGGAUCGACACCUCUGCAUGUUAUUUGCUCGAGAGAAAGUGACGAUGACCUUGUAGAGCUAUUCUUCCAGAUGUGCGACGACAGUAAUCAUUCAUUACAGGUCGACGCUCGAGAAAAGAGGGACCUGACACCUUUGCACGUAGCUGUGUAUAAAAGUAAUGAGAAAGCAGCUAAAUUUCUACUUCAGAGAGGCGCCAACCCUAAUUUAGCCGCUGAAGAUGGAUCGACACCUCUGCAUGUUAUUUGCUCGAGAGAAUGUGACGAUGACCUUGCAGAGCAAUUCUUUCAGAUGUGCGACGACUGUAAUCAUUCAUUACAGGUCGACGCUCGAAUAAAGUGGGACCUGACACCAAUGCACAUAGCUGUGUGUUAUAACAAUAAGAAAGCAGCUAAAUUUCUACUUCAGAGAGGCGCCAACCCUAAUUUAGCCGCUGAAGAUGGAUCGACACCUCUGCAUGUUAUUUGCUCGAGAGAAUGUGACGAUGACCUUGCAGAGCUAUUCUUCCAGAUGUGCGACGACAGUAAUCAUUCAUUACAGGUCGACGCUCGAGAUAAGUUGGACAAUACACCUUUGCACUUAGCUGUGUGUAAUAACAAUAAGAAAGCAGCUAAAUUUCUACUGAAGAGAGGCGCCAACCCUAAUUUAGCCGAUGAAGAUGGAUCGACACCUCUGCAUGUUAUUUGCUCGCGAGAAUGUGACGAUGACCUUGUAGAGCUAUUUUUCCAGAUGUGCGACGACAGUAAUCAUCCAUCACAGGUCGACACUCGAGAUAAGUUGGGCAAUCCACCUUUGCACUUAGCUGUGCGUAAUAGCAAUAAGAAGGCAGCCAAAUUUCUACUGAAGAGAGGCGCAAACCCUAAUUUAGCCAAUAAAAAUGGAUAUACACCUCUGCAUGUUAUUUGCUCGAGAGAAUGUGACGAUGACCUUGCAGAGCAAUUCUUUCAGAUGUGCGACGACUGUAAUUAUCCAUUACAGGUCGACGCCCGAAAAAAGUGGGACCUGACACCUUUGCACUUAGCUGUGUAUAAAAGUAAUGAGAAAGCAGCUAAAUUUCUACUUCAGAGAGGCGCCAACCCUAAUUUAGCUGAUGAAGAUGGAUCGACACCUUUGCAUUUUAUUUGCGCGAGAGAAUGUGACGAUGACCUUGCAGAGCUAUUCUUCCAGAUGUGCGACGACAGUAAUCAUUCAUUACAGGUCGACGCUCGAGACAAGAUGGAUCGGACACCUUUGCACUUAGCUGUGUGUAAUAACAAUAAGAAAGCAGCUAAAUUUCUACUGAAGAGAGGCUUCAACCCUAAUUGAGCCGAUAAAAAG